GUGUUUGUCGUGGUGCUGGUCAUCCAGCUGGAUCGUGCGGGCGCCUCGGAGUGUGGGCUGGGAGAGUACCCCAUAGGCGAAGAGUGCUGCCCGAUGUGCGCGGCUGAUACAUACACGGAUCAUCCCAACGGUUUAGUACACUGCAGGAAGUGUAAACUGUGUGAUAAAGGAGCCAACCUCGUGCCAGAAGUAGCAUGUACGUACACGAAGAACACUGUGUGUGGCUGUCUGCCUGGGUAUUUCUGCAGUUACUUCGGGACUGAAGACUGUGAGCUUUGUCAGCGCUACACUGUCUGCUCUCCUGGCACUAUGGUAAAAGAAAGGGGCACAAAGACCACUAACAAUGUGUGUGAAGUUUGUCCUCCUGGAACCUCCUCAACAGCCAACAUGUCCAGCAGUUGUACACCAUGGGCCAGACUGAAGGAGAAGGGCCUGGUGCAAGGAGAGGACGGGAAUUCUCACUCAGAUUCCUCUGUUGUGGCAAUUGUUGGUUCGGUCGUUGGUUCGGCUGUUGGGACGGCGCUAGUUGCAGCUGGCCUCAAAUAUAUCUGGCAAAGGAGGAAAAGGAAAACUUAUGUGCCACCGGUGCAGGAAUCAGGGGGCGGACAGCAGGGUCAGGCUUUGAUAUUAACUGUGGAGAAUGGAGAUCAAACAACUGUUGCUGUGCAGGAAACCAAUGCUGAUCCUGAAGAACCCAAGCCUGAAUAG